UACAUCCUUGACCCUGAGAGGUUUUAUUUUAAAUGAUUCGUCUGUUUCUCUUAGACUUUCAGCAACACAACUAGUCCAUUAGGAUAAGGACAAUCUUGACAGGCAUAAAUGUCAGGGAAGAGGGGAAUAGGAAGGCUGAAUAACCCAAUGUAUCUGAAUCUCACGAGGACAAAUUAAAUAAUUAGGAUGUGAUCAGCUGACUGCAGUAGAGUUGCUAAAAAUGAUCUUCAGCUAAGUACACUUGAGGUCUGAUUACAGAGGUGAUGCUCACCUAUUUGCACACCUAGAAUUGAUUUAAGAGACCAAGCCAGGGCUUUCCUUGCUUUAGGAAGAGGACUACUAUGGGGAAAUGUUUUCCUCCUUAGUUCUCCGAAGCCAUGGCACUUCCAAGCAAAGCCUUGGUCUUGUUUGGAUGCUUCGCCUGGCUCUGUGGUCCAAUUUUUCUUAGCCUUGGUCCUCAGACUUUUAGAGGAGAAGCUAAGAUUGCAGCUAGGGCUGAGUCCGAACCUGUGGUAGACCCUUGGUCCUUGCUACAGCCUGUAGAUGGGGCAGACAGAUCCGACCUCCUUCCUCCUCUCUUCAAGGUCCUGUCAGAUAGGCGAGGCGAAUCCCCUAAGCUACAGCCAGACUCCCGAGCCCUGUACUACAUGAAGAAGCUCUAUAAAGCCUAUGCUACUAAAGAGGGGGUUCCGAAAUCCAGUACCAGUCACCUCCACAACACGGUCCGGCUCUUCACUCCCUAUGCUCAGAACGAACAGGCUCCCGGAGACCAGGCGACAGGAAUGCUCCCCUCGGACGCCCUGCAGUUCAACCUGGAUCGCGUGGCUGCUGUUGAGCACCUACUCAAGUCCGUGCUGCUCUACACGUUCAACAACUCCCUGCCCUCCCCCUCUGCUCUCACGUGCGUGUGCAUCCUGGCCAUCCGCGAGUCCGGGUCGCGCCCAGCCCCGCUGUCGUGUACCUUGAAGAAUCACAAAUGGAUGGAGAUCGACGUGACCUCCCUCCUCGAGCCCCUGGUGGCCUCCAGCGAGCGCAGCAUCCACGUGUCUGUCAAUGUCACGUGUCAUCCUUCAGCCCAGGAUGGACGGCUCAACAUGACCCUGGGGGUGCCGCCCUCGCUGAUCUUGUAUCUGAAUGACACGAGUGCACAGGCGUAUCACCGGUGGUACUCCCUUCACUAUCCAAGGGGACCAGCCCAGGGCCCUGACCAGGAGAGAAGGGGGGCUGCUGCUGCUGAGACCCCAAGACUUCCCCGUCACCUCGGAGGUCAGGAAAGGCUCAGCUCGGGAUCCACGAAGCCACUGCUUCCGGCCUCCUUCAACCUGAGUGAGUACUUGAGACAGUUUUUCUCCCCCCCGGAGGAGUGCAGACUGCAUGACUUCAGACUCAGCUUCCGUCAGCUCAAAUGGGACAACUGGAUCGUGGCCCCGCACAGGUACAACCCCCGCUUCUGUAAAGGGGACUGUCCCCGGGCUGUCAGACACAGGUACGGUUCUCCGGUGCACACCAUGGUACAGAAUAUUAUCUAUGAGAAGCUGGACCCCUUGGUGCCCAGGCCUUCGUGUGUGCCUGGCAAAUACAGCCCAUUGAGCGUCCUGACCAUCGAGCCCGACGGCUCCAUCGCUUACAAAGAAUACGAAGAUAUGAUCGCGACCAGGUGCACCUGUCGUUAGCCAAACCUCGGAGCCCGUGUGGCAGGAAUCACAUAUUUGGAUGGGAAACUGAUGGGCAUACGUGUUGGAUAGAAUUGCAGCUAUAAAUAAUUCAGUGGGCUAGCACCUUCUGUGAUAGAAUAAAAUUUUCCUGUCCGUGGCAUACGUUCUGUGUUAAAGAUUUUUUUUUUUAACAUGGUCAU